AUGUUUCAUGAUAAAAUACGUACUCGUGUCAUAACUACUCAUGAAGGUACUCAAUGUGUGAUUGAUGAUUACUUAAAAGAUACAUCUAAUGAAAUGGUGGCUCUUCUUCCCAAUUUUAAGCAUAUUAAACGAAAUAUUCAACGUCAACGUAAAAAGAAUGAUUUACCUCAAGUUCCACAAGAUAAACAUUUUACAAUGAUUCCAACAAUUUUAACGAUCACACUUAGAAAAGAUAUAUUUUUACAAUUCGAUUCUGGACCUGGUGACAAUAGACUAGAACUGGGAUUUAAAAACAAUUAUGAAACUGACUCAAAAUUUGCUAAUAAUGUUAAUAAGAUCGCUGCAUUAGCAUUUCUUAAACCAACUGAUGUUCAUCAAGGAUUCAAUGAGCUUUAUUUAUCAUUACCACCAAUGUUCCAGCCUCUUAUGGAUUAUUUUGAAGACACAUAUUUGGGACGGCGAUGUCCCAAUGGACGUGCAACACCAAGAUAUCCAAUUGAACUAUGGAAUAUGUAUCAAAGAACUAUUGAUGAUUCAAUGCGCACCAACAAUCUGGCUGAGGUGUGGCAUCGUAGAUUCAAUUCAGUCGAUCAAUUUCAACAUCCAUCACUGUGGAUUUUUAUUUAG